AUGUGCUCCGUUUACUAUCCGGAAUGCACCCAUAACGGCCCCACCCAUCGGGUGUGCUACUCCGACUGUUUGGCAGUCACUGAUGCCUGCAAGGCAUCCUUUGAGCAACUCCUCGACGGUCCAUGGCCCGUCAACUGUUCGAUGUUUACCGAUGAACAGGAGGAAGAUGGAAGCUGUUUUGGUCCUGCGGGAGAUCUUUUCGAUACCAACAUAUGCGGUACACGCCCUGCAUACACACCAGAUCAAUACAGGGUUCUUGGUGGUACCAACGCACGCCCAGGGGAAUUCCCUUGGAUUGGUUCACUCCGCAUCGACGGAUUGACAUUUGAAGGACGUUGGUGUGGGUCUACCCUGAUCAACUCUCAAUGGGUUCUUAGCGCAGCUCAAUGCCUUGAUUACUACGUCGAUCGUGUGGUUUUUGGGAACGCACAUUUGAUGGAUGACUCCGACAACGAAGUAGCAGUUGAGGUGGCUGAUAUUUUCGUCCAUCCCGAGUUCCACUCCUAUUCCCUCCUCAACGACAUCGCUCUGAUACGACUUGCUGAACCGGUAAAAUUUAGUGACUACGUCAGACCCGCGUGUCUGUCGGAAUCCUCGGAUGAACUCAAUGACUAUCGUCGCUGUCUCGUCGCUGGAUGGGCAACUAUACUGGAAGGCUCACCGCUGACAGAGAGCUUGAAAAAAGUAGUGGUGACCCUUCUUGACCAAGACUGGUGUAAUUCUGAAGUUUCCUACAACGGGUCUCUGACAGAAGAAAUGAUAUGUGCUGGAUUUGAGCCAGGUGGAAUUGAUACUUGUCAGGGAGUCAGCGGUGGGCCUUUAACCUGUGAGGGUGAUGAUGGUCGAUGGCAUCUGGUCGGACCAACAAGCUUUGGAGGAGGAUGCGCAAAAAACACGCUUGCCCGGCGUCUACACCCGAAUCUCAAAGUUCCACUCAUUUAUUACAGCUGUGGUUUCAGGAGGUGA